CUACCCGUGUCGCCCUUCUACAGCCAUGUCUUUCCUUAAAGCGAACUCGUCAUCUGCAGCCAAUGCACCUUCGCCGACGCCAUCAACUUCGUCUGCAAGCGGCUCCAAGCGCAAGCGUCCUGCUGAUGGUGCGCCUCCAGUCGUCUACUCGCAGCCGCAGGACACGGGCACCGGCGAGCACGUCUUCACCCGUCUCACCUAUGUCAACGAUUUUCUGCGCGAGCGCAAGGAUAAAUGGCAUAGUUUUGAAGACAUUAUGGAAUACCUCAACAUCCCGCCUGGCCACAUCCAGCGCCAGCAGUUGCGCCAGCUAAUGCGUGCCGACAACCAAGGCAACCGGAUUUCAUGGGACUCGCAGAACGAGAGGUACAAGUACAAGAGCAAACUGGACAUUCAUAAUCGUGCCCAGCUCAAGGGCCACUUCCAGACGCAGAAGUCGGCCUUAGGCUUGCAGAUCAAGGACUUGAAGGACGGCUGGUCCAAUGUGGCCGAAGACAUUACCAAGAUGGAAGAGAAGAAUGAGGUGUUGGUGCGACGAGCCAAGGAUGGUGUUCCCAAGACGGUCUGGGCCAAUGACCCUUCUCUGAUGCUCCCCAUGGACCCAGUAUUUGCAAAAACAUGGCAUUCGGUCCAGGUCCCCGACAAUCCAGAGGAGCUGCGCAAGGUGCUUUUGGCCAACAAGAUGACAGCCGCUACCCAAGCAAAGGUCAUUGUCGCUGCCCCCACGACAAAAAAGAAGAAGGGCCCUCGCCGUGGUGGCAAACAGACAAACACGCACAUGAUUGGCAUUCUGAAGGAUUUCUCUGGCAUGAGAAAGUAGACUGUUUGAUUUUGCAUAGCGCGGCGUUUAGUUUCUGCUUUACAUAAUUAUGGAAAACGGCCUCUAACGAAGUUGGUCUGCUUUUCGCUGAACUUGUACGAUACACAUGGUAGGCUUCACUAGGUAAGCCUAUUAUAGACCGAAUACAAGAAAAUGUUGUUUAAUUGAAA